CGGCCAGUCCGAAGACUUCGGUCUGUUUCCAGGCCUCGAAUAUAUCUCGUAGGUUACGAUUCUAAUUUUAAACAUUGAGAUAUUGCCCACUUUUACGCCAAUUUGGCAUCAUUUAACAGAAGAGAUGACGUCAAAUCUACGUGGACUUUUAUAUCAUCUGGCAACACUUUAUAUCAUGUUAUUUAUUCCGUCGUAAUGGCGGCUACUACUCGCUUUAGUGGGGCAUAUUCGGCAAACAGGGCGCUUUUACCAAGUUAGUACGUAGUAAUUAGGGGUUAUAAGCGCCAUUACGAUAUUAUCCCAAGUAUACACAUCGAUCUGUACUAAUCGGCCAACUCGUAGUUAGAGAGUAGCCAUAAUCUCGACCACCGCUCGAGAACGACUUACGAGGAAUAACCGAGACGACGUAAGUCGAUAGUUACGUAAUUUAAAAGUCUUUUCAAACAUAAAUGCAGAGCUACAGCAGAAAGAUAUAAAACAUCUUGAAGAUGGCUGUUAAUUUUUGUCAAGAACAUCAUUCUCCAGCGAUAUCGAGCAGCCACGUAUGCCGCGACGGAUACGACGUCACUAAUUUAAUAGCCAUCAAUCAGGCCGUGAGAAAGAAUGGAUUUUGUGCCGAAUACUUUAUCAAACCUCCGGUUAAUAUUAUUAUUAAAUUUCCCAUACCUAUUGAAAUAAGUCACGUAUUACUUGGUGUAAAAUUAGGAGAAUAUCAGACAACCAGUUUGGAAAUUUGGUCUAAAUAUUGGCCGACAAAUUAUGACGAUAAAGAUGAGAAAUUCGAGCUAAUAGGAAAAAGUACAAAUAUCAUAGAAAGUAAUGUAUUGUUUGCAAAUAACAAGUAUGCGCCGAGGAAACUUUUUUCCAAGUUACCAAAGAAUAUGUUACCAGGUGAUGUGGCUUCUCGACGAUUUACCGCAAAGCAGUAUACUAAUUUGUCCAGCAUCGGUUCUUUACAAAUAAGUUUAAUCAAAGUUUCACAUAGCGGUUUUCCCCUUCUCUCUAAAUUAGAAGUCUGGGGACAACCUGCCAGAUCUUGUCUGGAAUCUGUAGUGAUGUCUGUUCUGAAAGCAGAACAGAACUCCCUCCCUUCGUCGUCAUCGUCGUCGCUGUUUAAAAGUGAUAAAGACCGUUUUGACAAAUUAAAGAAUUUGGAUUUGGAUAUAGGCAAGAAUGAUCAUCACUUGGAUGAAGACGAAUUAGACAUUCCUGCAGAAUUUAUUGAUCCCAUUACUUGUAGUAUUAUGACGUUACCCAUUGUUUUACCGUCCGGGCACACCAUUGACCAGUUGACUUUGGAGAAAUAUGUAAAAACAGAAGCGUCUUGGGGGAGAUUUCCAAAUGAUCCAUUUACGGGCGUACCUUUUAACAGUUAUCAGAAACCCGUUCCAAGUGCCAGUUUGAAAGUGCGUAUUGACCAAUUCUUGUUAAAAAAUAAUAAACUAUAUUCGGAAGUACCAAGAACCGUGGGAACCAAAGAACAAGAGAAUUCUAAGGGAAGAAUAUCGUCUCUUGUGAAUUCGGAUGGAAAAUUGGAAUCAACGCAAGGAACAAAGAGAUCGUCCCCAGAAUCAAAUAUGUGUGUAAAGAAACACAAACUCAACAUUAAUAAUGAUAGUUCUGGUGUAAUGAAUAUAUUUAAUUAUUAUAAUCCUAUUUCGGAACACCAGAAAUCAUCAUCCUCUCCUACGAACGAAGACGAUUUAAAGUUUUCUUCAAAUUUGGAUGAAGCGUUAAGAGCAACUCUGAGCAGUUGUAAAUCGUACACAAAACCACUUUCAGAAAAAGUGAAUGAUCUGUUAUGUUGCGUCUGUCAUUCAGAUGCCAUUCUUUACUCGUUAUCGUGUCUUCACUUACUAUGCAGGGAAUGCCUAGUACAAAAAUCAAAGAAAACUAGAGUUAUCUGUGAUAAAUGCCAUGCACCUUCUACUGUUGGUAACAUUGUACGGGUACACGCAUAACAAACUUAAGAGGAUAUCCUUUUUUCUUACAGUUUGUACUGAGAGUACUUAAUUAUAUUUGAUAUAAUUGUUUAAUAUACCAGAUUUUCUUUCAUCCUUACAGUAUUUAUUAUGCGAACACUCCCAUAAAAUGCAGAGUGAUGUCUCAGCAAUUACAUUCUCUAUUUUUUAAAUGGUAAAUUAGUUAUUGAAACAAGAUAGAUUCUAAGGAAAAUAUUUUGUAAUUUUAUAUUACUGUGUUUUGUUUAUUUAAAAUAAAUUCUAUAGAAAUUAUACAAAAAAGUUUCGAUUGAUAUUUGCCAGUUUGCAUACAUGAGACGGGGGACACCUAUUGUAGUGAUUUUGGAGCACCUGUGAUGACCAAAUGUUAGACAUAAGCCUACUGUUGUAGUGGAUCUGAAUUUGAAUACAGUCUGGACUCCAAAAUGUAUUAUGGGUAGUUGAAUUGGGGUGUGCUUCCAUUCCUCAUCUACUCUAACCAAUUCCAUUCUAACUUGAUCCAUCAUCUGGAAUGAAAUUGUGGCAAUCUAUACUCUGCCACAUCCCGGUGUCAACAAAUUGCUAUACAAAUUAGAUUUUCCAAGAAACACUAACACAAUAAUGGGCCAGAUCUAUAAUAAAGUCAACUAGAAUUGGAGUAACACAAGUAAAAUCAUGAAUGCAGAUUAGAUUUUGAUCCAAAUCUCCUGUGUAGAUAGGUAAAUAUGAUGGUCAAAGGAUUAGGUGCAGAAAUAUUUCAUGUUUUGUCAGAAUUUAUGAAAAUUAUUGCCUUUUUCUUGAACUGGUACGUAAUACAAAGAGAAAUCUUGAAAAUAUUCUCUUUAUUAAUUACUUCUCUCUGCUUUUUAAUAUAAAAUACAUUAAUCAGAAUAUUGCAAAAACUUCUAAUAUACAAUCCUCAGAAUAUGAGUUAAUUCAAUUACCAAGAACUAGUGCUUCAAUCUACCAUUAGAAAUUUUAAUUUCAUUACAGUAAUAGAGACCAAGUUCUUCUGAUUCACAUCUCCAGUAAUUUUAAUAAUUGAUUGUUUACUUCCAUCUCUAUAAUUAUCAAUGUGUUAACUUUUUCUUCAAUUGGUUCUAGUUAAUUCACUAACUAAUCCAUGCAAGGCAAAUUGGCAAAAUGUAUUAUUUUAUUCUUAUUUUCAUGAAUUAUGUUCGUAACUCUUCUUGGACACUUGUUCAAUUCUUGAAAGUUUUCAGUUGUGUCAAUCUGGUUAAUUCCAACAAAAACAAAUAUUAGCAGACUGUCCAUGUGUGCCCUUGACACAACUGGAGGAACCAUUUCCCUGACGAGGUUGGAAGUGGUUCUCAAAAUACAGUUUGUCCCUGCUCUUUAUACAGAUUUCAUUGUUCUUCUUCCUAUCUAUUCCAAUACUGCACCGGACAGGUUUUCUGUUUGAGGUACAGUCCUGUACUUCAAUUUAAUACUAUCUUUGACUUGGUUAUCAGAUUCAGAGGUAGACAAUGGUGGUAUUAAAGUGAGAUUUGACUGUGUUUUGGGUCAGAUAUUUAUGUACAAACAUGCACCUAAUCUCAUGUAAUCUAUAUUAUUUCAAUAUUUAGCUCAUUGUUAUAUAUAUUAAAAAACAAAAAAAAACACCUUAGCUUUGCAUUUUGGAUGAGAUUGCAAUGCCCUUACAGAGGACAGUCAUAAUGGUUGUUUUAAGGCCAGAUGCUGCCAUCACCAGUCUUGUUUAUCUGGAUAUUCUGACCAGAGCCAUCUAGCUUCAGGUCAGAGUAAGAGACGGCAUCCUUUUCUAAUCGUAUGAAUAAAGCAUCUGGGCCUUAUCUGCUUAACUUCGGCGAUCUAACUACAACUGAAUGUUUGGCAAAGACUAGCAUUGCUCUUAUCCAUGUAUUCAACAGAAUAAGCCAAAUACUAAAAUAAUAAUUGCCAAAUCAAAUUAUUUUUUGUGAGGAUCAAAUAUAAAUGCAAUGUAUAAAAUAUAUAACCUCAAUAUAUUUUAUACAUUGCAAAAGUCACUCGAUCCUUUGUGACUUGUAAUGAUUGCUAUUUUGUCUUAUGACUUCAAGACACCAGAAGGAUCUCUUAUCUAGACAAUUUGCUGUAGAAUUUUUUGAUCUGCCAGAACAAAUGUUAAUGUAUGUUACUGGGUCUGCUAAUCUCUUAGACAGUUGAGAAAAACAACACUUCUAACAUCUGCCAACUUCGCAAAUUAAAAUUAUUAUACAUCUUGCUAAAAUUGCCAAAAGCAUCUUUGGAGAUGUACUUGUACAAGUUGUGCACGGAUUUCACUUUGGGUUCAGCAAUUUUUAAAAUCCAGAGUUAUGUUCUGCAAAUUAUCCAUGUGAAAACACAGAAAACGCUGGUAUUUUCUGGAUUGUGGACGACAAAGCCAAUGUGUAUCGAGUUCAAUUUUCGGUUUCUUCAAAAGAGAAUCUGGUCCAGAUGGAUCUUUUGGAGAUUAUACAGUAGACAGAUCGGCCUGUCGGUUCUUCAGAUUUGUCUCUAUGCUGCACGCUCUAUCGAUUGCCAACUAUAGCUGUCUUUCCAUCAAUGUUUCAUUAAAUUCUUCACAACUCCCUGCUUUUACAUCAUAUAAAAAGUGUGUUGCUCCCUAGUAUAAAUUUAUUAUUACAAUUGUAUGAGAUAUCCUGCGUAAGUACUAUAUUUUAUAUUUUUUGUUAUCCAUUUCGGUAUAGUGAUAUUAUGAAAUUAAAACUAUUUGUAGGAACACAAGAUCGAAUCUAUUGAAAAUUAGAAUUUGAUCCUUUGAUGUAAGUAAUUCUAAAAAAUUUAAUUUUUUAAGUUCAUAUUUCAAAUAAUUUUGAUAGAUCUAGAACACAGUAUAUUAGUCAUCCCUGCAAAUAAAAUUCUUAUACAGGGAUCACCUGUAUAAGAUCACCCAAUUGGAUAUGAUCUAUUGAAUGGUGAUAUUUUUGACUUCCAGAGCUGGCCAAAAGUUAGCUAUCUGGGCCGGAAAUUGAAAAUAUCGCCAUUCAAUAGAGUGUAC